ACCCAAUCCUAUCUCUCCAUCAUCCUCCAUCAUGACCAAAUUCGCGCCCUUCCGCCCCGCGAAGCUGGACAUCGGCUGCUUCAUCAACAACAAAAUCAUCCGCGACCACACCAAGCGCAAAGUCUUCGAACAGAACGAGCCCGAGCGACAAGCCCUGCGAUACAUCAUCCGCAACACCUCCUUGCCGUCUCGCACACGAGUCCAGGCACAGCUGCAGUUGACGCAGAUGCAUUGCUACACCCGCUCCACGCAGAUCAAAAACCGCUGUGUCAUGGGCGGCAAGGGAAGAGGUGUGCUGCAGGACUUUAGGAUGGCGAGGUUUCAAUUCCGAAUGAAUGCGCUGGCUGGGAGGAUACCGGGAGUGAAGAAGGCGAGUUGGUGAGGGGACCAAGAAGCGGUGGGCGGGAGCGUACGAGGAAGAGAGGCAAGAAGAGAGGGAAGACAAUAGGGAAGAGAGACGAGAAUGACCCCAAUAUCACGAUGGGAGCUGCAUUGCUGCAUACAAUGUCACUCGACGAACCUCUCCAGUCGUCUCUAUCAAGGCCGCCCGUCACAGUUGCUUCACGGCCCCCCUAUUGAACACUUUCGAGCUUCUAGUGCGGCAGGCCUCGUGAGUGAAGAAGACUCGCGCAUUGUCAUGGACCCGGACAGCGCCUUAUUCACUGGCCACCACUGCCGGUAGACUGCCCCUACGUGCUGAAAAUUGGUCACACGGACAUAGGCAGCGCGAAAGGAGUCAGGGGACAAUGCGUUCACUUCGAUUGUCAGCCUCCUUAUUGUCGAGCCUGCAUGCGCCUCCAGACUAAGAGUACCUCAGCGUAAGCUCUAUAUAAUCUCAUCGCUGCUCUUGCCUCACUUUCCUCUGCUUCUCUACUAUUGACUUCUCACUUCUUUCAAGACCUCGUAGUCCGACUCGAGUCCCCAAAAGGCUUUGCAACCUCCUCGGGUAGUCCCCGUCUUACACUCGAAGACAAAAUAAGAAGCUUUACCUCACCACCCACCUCCUUCCUCUGGUACAUGCCAAGGACACCCGAGCGGCGCAGCUGAACCUACCUAACACUUCUACACAUCGCACAGUCCGACAAUCUGACUCUUUGACACUGAUAAUCUCCUCUCACAUCCACAUCACGCCACUUCCAGUACAUCGCUCUCCGCUCACGAGCCACGUUUCAGCAUCAAAACCACCACCAUCACCGCCAACACCACCACCACCACCAC